AUGCUGACAGAGCUUGUCAGGAGUGUGGGGGCCCGCUGUGGGGAGAGCAGGGUGCGGGUGGAGGCCAAACUGGACCUGUUUGGGACGGGCCAGCUAGUGAAGGCGGAGGAUGUCUCCCUGGGAGGUUGCGUCUCCACGGAGUUGGACCUCUCAGCCCAGGUCCUGCUGUUUGAGUCGGAGCUGCACGCCUGUGGAAGUGUGCUGACGAUGACAGAGGACUACCUUGUCUAUGCCUUCACCCUGAUCUACACCCCAACACCGGAAGGUGUCAGUUCCAUUGUCAGGACCAAUGAUGCCACAGUCUGCAUUGAGUGCCACUAUCUGAGGAGACUCAAUGCGAGUAGCAAUGCCCUGAGGCCCACCUGGCUUCCCUAUGGUGCUACCAAAGUAGCUGAGGACUCCCUGACCUUCACCCUUGCACUCAUGAAUGAUGACUGGAAGUAUGAGAGGUCAUCUAAUGUCUACUUCCUGGGAGACAUUAUUCAUCUGGUGGCAUCUGUGCAGCAGUAUCACCAUGUGCCCAUGCGUGUGUUUGUGGACAGCUGUGUGGCCACCCUGGUCCCUGACACCAACUCCACUCCCAUAUAUGACUUCAUCCAGAACCAUGGGUGUGUAACUGAUGCCCUGCAGACAGGCUCUGUCUCCCAGUUCCUGGUCCGCUCUCAGCUGGACAGACUCCACCUCCAGCUAGAGGCCUUCCGCUUCCAGCAGCAGACCAGCCCCAAUAUCUACAUCACCUGUAGCCUGAAGGCCUCUGUAGCAACUGCUCCCCUAGACAUGGAGCACAAGGCCUGCUCCUUUGCUUUAGGAUCCAACCGCUGGGUAGGAGCUGAUGGCGAUGAUGAGGUGUGUGGCUGCUGUCAGACUUCCUGUGGCCAGAGGAAGGGGAGGAGUCUGCCCUCUGAUACAGAUGUAGUGUGGGAAGAGGAUGCUAUGCUGGGGCCAAUCUUCAUCCAGGACACCUACGUGAAUUGGGACCAGGAAGUACAUGCUGGAGAGCAGGAAGUGCAGGCUGAAGCACAGCACUCUCAUAUGUUGGCUGAGGAUCCAUCUGAAGCAGGUGUCUCUGCAGAGGCAGUUGUGGUGGGAUUGGUGAUGGUGUUGGGCCUUCUCUGUGUGGGCAUUCUGGUAACUGUCCUGUACAUGAGGAACAAGCCCAAUACCUACUCCAGUGAUUUACCCACAACCUUUAACUGA